AUCUAUUCCAACAAAUUUAACACAAUUUAAUGAAUUAGAAUUAAAUUAUUUAGUUUGCCAAUAUGAAAGAUGUAUUUCAACAAAUCGAUUACAUAUUCAAGGUUAUUGUCAAACAACAAAUAAUAUUAGCUAUCAAGAAUUAAAAACAAUUUUUAAUAACACAUAUUUACAUUCAGAAUAUAUUUUUGGAUCAUUUGAAGCUGCUUCAAAUUAUUGUAAAGCAGAAUUUUUUCAAAAAAAAGGAACAUAUAAAACAUUAGAUGAAAAAUUUCAAUUAAACCCAAAACUUAGGAAACGUAUUGAAGGACAUAAAAAUAUAGUUGGACCAUUUGAAUUUGCUAAAACAGUAAUCAAAUUUGUAAAAUUAUUUCAAAAUAAAAUUAUCAAUUCUUUAACAGAAGAUGACUUUUUAUUAGGUAGAGAUUAUGAAAUAAUUGAAAUUGAUGAAAGCAAAUUUGAAGAUUUCUGGAUUGUUGGAAUGAUUCAACGUUCAAAAAAUAUAAAAAAUAAAGCAAAAAUUAAUUCUAUUCAAAAAUGCUAUUUUGAAAUUGUAGAAAAUAGAAAUACUGAAACAAUACAUAGAAUUAUUAAAAAACAUAUUAAAAAAGGAUCAAAUGUAUACAGUGAUAGUUGGAAAAGUUAUUGUGGUAUUGAAAAAUAUGGAAUUAAACAUAAACAAGUAAAUCAUAGUAAAAAAAAUAUCAAAUUAUUAAAACGAAAAAUUCAUAGUAAUACAAUUGAGUCAGUCUGGAAUGCUCUUAAACUUAAUUUACCAAGACAAAAUCGAAACAAAAAAUUUAUUCAAAAAUAUUUAUUACAAUAUAUUUGGUAUUAA